GAAGAAGGAAGACGCAGUAAUAAACCACCUGAGCUUCAAACAUGAGAGUCCAUCACACUUUGAUCUGCUGCCUCUUUCUCAUGCUGCAGGAUGUUAAGACUGGGCUCAUUAAUGCAGAAAGACGCGUCUAUACAGGAACUGAAGGAGGAGACAUCACAGUCUCUUGCUCGUUUAUCCUCAAUGGAAAUACGAAGAUCUUCUGUAAGGACACAUGUGAAAAAAAAGAAGACAUUCUCCUUGAAACAACAGAAGACAGAGCUGAGAGAAGCAGAUACAGGAUUGAAUAUGAAAGAGGGGGUGUUAUAGAAAGAAAAACUCUUUAUGUGAGCAUCACACAGCUGAGCAUGUCUGACUCUGGACGGUACUGGUGUCGUUUGAAAAGAAUUGGUCCAGAUGGAUACGAGGAGUUUGAGAUCAGAGUCAUAGAAGCUUCAACCCCUUCAAAACCAAACUUGACUCUACGACCGUUGUCAACUUCACUCCCAUCAUCCUCCACACCUUCAGCAGCCACCAAUCAGCUUGAGACAUCACCUGCAGGUUUCUCCCUGGUUUUGGUUGGUUGUGUGGUGGUCGUCCUAUUGGCUGUUGUUUUGUUGCUGCUCAACAAAAAAAAGAUGAAGGACUCUUGUGGUUUAAAGACAAAAGGAAACUCGGACAACAGCAACAUUGAGUGUGUCGCCCAUGAGAACUGUCCUCCACCCUCUACAUGUGAAGACUCCACCUACAUGAGCCUCAAUCCAGCCAGCAGGGACCAUGACCAAAUCUACUCCACACUCACUCACAUAUACACAUAAUUUUUUUAAUUUGUCAAAACAUGAUGAACAGAAAGUGACAUAUAAUAAUACUUAUUAUCAUUAACAAUAAUAAUAAUAAUUUUAGUAGCAAUUACAUGAUGAACAAUGUUGUGAUAAUAAUGACAUGGCAACAUUUUAUAUAUGCAAACAAUACUAAUAUAUAAUAAUCAUAUAAUGUAGUGUAAUAUUGAUAAAAUAUAAUACUGAUACCAUCCAUCAUGAUGAUAAAUUAUUAUAUUCAUGUAGUUAGAGUGGGGGAGAGGCCACACCAGAACGGUUAAUAUUUCAUGUGACUCUAGAUAAACAGGGACGUGACCUCAAACUAGUGUGAGUGGCGGAGGCAUACAACCGCAAGCCCGUAAUUCUAGUUUUUUUGUUCCUGCUUUGGACAACCCCCAGACCUUUCUGGGGGGGGGGGGGGGUCUGUCCACUGAGGAGAGAUACAUUUCUUUUUCCUCGCCCCGUAAGACAAAGGGAGGGAGGUCUCCCCAGGUCUUGCCCCACAUGUCGCCCAGAGGCCAGGCAGGGAACCUACAUCCUCCACGUCCAUCCGAUCCAGCCCAGCCUCAUCCUCACCCAGUCCAAAGUAAUAUAACUAGUAAUGUAUAAUAUAUAAGAGACAAUACAUAUAAUGAUAUAAUAAUACAAGUCUUACACACAACUUAAGUUAUACUGUCUGAAUUUAGACCUGGAUUUCAUUACUGUGCAGGUUCAUGUUGUAAUGUCAGGGCAUAAUACGAAAUGAAACAUCUCUUUUUAAGAUGCUGCAACCAGAAAAUGUUUGUAAAAAAGAAAAAAAAAAAAAAAAGACUAAACUAUCAUUUGAUUAUUAAAAUUGUUGAUUUUCUGCCAAUGGACUCAAUUAAUUAACUUAUAGUUGCAGCUGUAGUGGUAUCUAAUUUUCUGCAGUGACGCGCCCCUACAUUAAUGUUCUCUGGGAAGUGUGAAUGUUUGGCUUUGAGUGACAGUACUGAUACAGAGAGCCGCAUGAUUAUAGUUUAUAUUUCCUUAUACAGGAAGUGAGAAUUCAAAUUACAGAAACCCUAAAUUUCAAAUUAGGGUCUCUAUAAGAACAACAAGCAUGUAAAUAUUACAAGAAAAAGCAAAUGCUUAAGGGUCUAAAUAAGAUGACAAAUAGGAAACGGGAAAUGAAGCCAUCAGGUGAAAAAAGGACAUAAGAGAAACUUGUUUGUUCAGACAGGAAGCUGACUGUGUAUGUGCUUUAUGGUGGGAUUUAAAAGCCACAAUGCCAGCAGACUGAAUAUCAAAUACUCUUAAGUUUUGUUUUAUUAUCUCAGUCUUAUUACAAUGUUAUGUGCUUUUUAUUGAUUACUGUUUUAUUGUAUAAGUCAGACAUUUUCUAAUGCAUAUCAUUUCUUAAAUUACUCUCGUUCACAGGAGCAACCCUGUCUUCUAA